UACUCUUAUCCAAAUUAGUAUGAUAUUGGAUAAUAUUUUUUUGAAUUUCUAUUUGAUAAAAUGAUACCAAGAUAAAAUAAAAUAAUUAAAAGUAGAUGUGAGACAUAUUUUGUUUGUGUGCGUGAAUGUAUGUCACAACUAACAAGUAUUUUAUAGAGGCCUAGACGGUAGAGUGUCUUCUUCCAUCCAUCCCUGUAUAACGUCUGGCAUGAAUAUAAAAGACAGACACCACAAAGAAUCUAAAGAACCAACAAAAUCAAAAGAACAAAAUAAGAACAAAACUCAAGUUACUUAGAUUCUUCUUAGACACAUAUGAAUCAAGGAGAUCAUAUUAUAAAUAAUGGAGAAGGCUCAGUGUGUUGCUUCUCUGAGACAACCACUACGUCCUCAAAUCCAGUCUACAAUAAUCCCAUGACGGCCGCCACAAAAUCAUCGGAAGACGAGGACGACAUAUCGCUAUCUCUUCUACUUAAUCUCUCUACCAUGCAAAACAAAGUCCAUCAGAUCAAAUCUCUGGUCAGUUUUUUCAUGAUAUCAACUAAUAACAAUAACCAAUCCACGGAGUCAACGUCGUAUUUGGCCGUGGCUAACAUCGAAAGUUUGGUUCAAGAUAUUAUCACGGCCGCGAAUUCAAUGAUGUUCACUUGCCAACAACUCCAUAUCUCAUCUAAUAACAACAGUAAUUUCGAUAACGAUAAAAUUGUUACGGAUUUUUUCCCACGCGUAAUCGACAGGCAUAAUGAUUUCACGAGAGAGUCGUCAGCCAACUUUCUCGGUGUUCAAGAAAGAGGGCGUAGUUCGUUUCUCGACCAGACUACGCAGAAUCUUGACUGGUACGGCACCCAAACCAUAAACCCUAAAAAAGAAGAUCAUCGUUAUAAAUCAAGAUCCGGUGACUAUGAGCUAGUGGAGCUAGGCGUAGCGGAUCUACUAGCGAAAUACACGCACUACUGCCAGAUUUGCGGAAAAGGGUUUAAGAGAGACGCGAAUCUAAGGAUGCACAUGAGAGCGCACGGAGACGAGUACAAGACACGUGAAGCCUUGAUCAGUCCAACGAGCCAUGACAAGGAAGUCGAAUGCUCGUCGACGAGACAUUACUACUCGUGCCCUCAACAAGGGUGUAGAUGGAACCAGAGGCACGAGAAGUUUCAGCCGUUGAAAUCUGUGAUUUGCGCCAAGAACCAUUACAAGAGAAGUCAUUGUCCGAAAAUGUAUAUGUGCAGGAAAUGCAACGUAAAACAUUUCUCCGUUCUGUCUGAUCUUAGGACGCACGAGAAGCAUUGUGGGGAUGUCAAGUGGAUUUGCUCUUGUGGGACUACGUUUUCUAGGAAAGACAAGCUUAUGAGCCAUGUUUCUUUGUUCUUGGGCCACUCACCGGUCCAUUGCCAGCCGCCGCAGCAUCCGAUUAUUCAUUAUACUUAACAUGCUUCUGCUAAGUUAUGGGUAAUAGUUUUGGUUGAUUCAUGCAACUUUCUGAUUUCUGAAUAAUAGUUACAAUGUUGAGAAAACAACGUUACAAUGGCUAAUCUAACUUCAAACUAGCAUUUUAGCAUCUUAAAGUAUAUUUGACUUAUGGUUCUGAUUGGUGUCCUUAUAUGGUGGCAGUGAUAAAGAUUGCAUCUCCAUCCAUAAUAUAUAACAAUUUAAGAAAGAAAUAAUUAUCUUCUCUAUGCACAUACGCAGCAAUUUUUGAUUUUACUCUCAUGAACCAAAAAAAAGAAGAAAAAUUUAAUAUUCGAAAAUACAUUUUCAACGGUUCAUUCAUCUAAUAUUACAUGUUGUGCAACCUACUCGACAAUGAAUUAAAUACUUAAAAUAAAAGAAGUAUGAUAAAACAAUUGAUAUAACACUAUGUUUUUAGAUGGACUGGAUCACAAAUGAGAUUCCAAAAUGAUCCUCACAUUGAAAACUCAUGUUUACAGUUUGUGUAGCCAUUUGUCUUGACUUGAUAGCAUCAUUUCUUAGGGUAAGUAACGUAAGUUAGAUAGAUCGUCAGGACCAACAUCACGUGAACCAGUGUUAAUGUAAGGUCCUCUAAACGUUGCUUGAGGAGGUAACGGUUUUGUUGGAUCAAUCACUGGUUUCUUGGACGAUCUGCGAUCAAAUGAGACAAGGAAAAACAUCAUUCCACACGACGAGAAAAGCUUUUAAACAGUAGAAAAACGAAGAGCGGGGGUAGAAGGGAAAAGCUAAGCCUGCAGAGGCGAAAACAACCAGACCAGUGGCUACAAUGACGUUACGCGACGGUGCCAUUGCAACUAGCCUUUUAGCAAAUAGGCUCUAGUGAGAAACCAAAAAAAAAAAAAAAUUGGAAUCAGUCUCAAAGCACAUAACAA